UGGCGGUUCUAGUUGCUUCGGCUGGGUGAGAUUAAUUUUGUUAAGUUUAGGCCAUGUCUGCGCCAAAAAAGCAGACAUCAACAGGCAGGAGGGUGAUCGUGCACUUGCGUGAUAUAGCACUCCAUUUGAAAGCUGCCGAUAAUACAUUGUGUGACUGUGUUCAAUGGAACUGCGAGGAGUUGAAGCGAAAUCCCACUACAUGGAAGCGGUAUCCCUUGGAGGCCGCAUCAUGUCCCCGGGAGUCUUCCGAGAACCGAGUGCCGAAAGACAUGAUCGAACAUGUCGAUGCAUGUCACUCAGCACGUUCUCAGAUCUUUGGAUGCCAGGAUGCUGUAUAUAACGUGGACCAUUCUCCCUUUGUCUUUCCGGUAUCAUUUAAAACAUUCGAAAACAACCUCAACAGGAUGGUGGUAUUCGAUAUGAUCGGCAAGGGCUUAGAGGAUUUGCUGAUGCUAGCGGCCAAUGAUGCGUAUCGCUACCAAACUCUUCAGGAGUUUUUUUUCCGCUUUUAUGUGCAACCUGAAAAGCGACCUACUAUCAAAAUCUUCAAGGAAGAAGUCCCCAACAUCCUUUUCGCCAAGUUGCUCGAAUCUGCGAGACUGCAUGAGGAAAAGGCAACCAGGACUAAUGCGGAAAAUGCCACCAUUAAGGCUCUUCAAAGCCAUUCCAUUAUCACCUUUGAGGUGUUCAGCGAGAAUUUGUUAAACCUACCGGAGAUUGUGGAGCAAAUGAGGCAGCGGGACGAGAACUAUGUGCGCAAGAACUUCGACCAGUGCGCCUUUGACUUCUACCUGGCGUUCUAUAUAACACCAGAGAUUCGAAAGAAGUACAAAUGCGAGCUGCUCCCCAGCAACGAAAACAUGGAGGAGCAAAUGCUGGCCAUUCCCGGCAAAAAGAUGGCCAAAGAGCUGCGGCAAAGUCUUCCGCAGUUGGCCACUCCAUCGCCAGCACUUGUAAUGCCCAGGAAGAGGGCUCCGAAAAGGUCUGCAGAAGGAAGUCCCAUACCAUUCAAAGUCUUCCGACGUCAUGUGAGCAAUCUCGAAAAUAUUGCUAAUCAGAUGCUGCUGUGCGACGAGUACAGGGGAAAAUCCAAGGAGGAAGCUAUUCGGGAGUACUACAAGGGUUUCUAUUCCGGACCAGAGAUGCGCCAGAAGUUCCCGUGCCGUUUUAAGCCUUGUCCCGCCAAGAAGCUACACCAUUUGCUUAGUUUUCCGCCCGAGGAGCCCACAAGUGAGUUUGCCCAUUUUAGGAGUGUAAGCCAGCCGCAAGUUGAGCCAAAGAAAUCCGAAUUAAAUGCUGUAAAACCGUCGCCCAUUUCGGAGAUUUUAGAUUCAGCUUGCAAACCCAAGAACGAUGUAGAUAAAUCCACUGAUGUUAUCACCUCCCCAAAUUUUAAUAACAACUGCGUUGAUGAUAACGAAAUCCUGUACCUCUCAUCGGGUUCGGAUACAGAAUACGAAGAAGAACCUUCCCCUCAGAUCAGUCCACCAAUAUUCGAGGAAAUGGAGGAUAUUUUUCACACAUAUUUACCACAAACUCCACCUAAUCUACAAAUAACCGAGGAAAUUGAGGAUAUUUCCCAGUCAUAUGUCCCAGAAACUCCUAUUCAUCUGGCUCCUAACAUUUUACCCCACGAGCAAGUUAUAGACUUGGAUGCCAGCCAAAGUUUGGACUGUUUUGCGAUGCCUAAACCAAAAGAGAAUGAUACAAAUGUCGAGAUACUGGAUCAAAUGCUCAAGGAGAAAGUAAUAGACUUGGAUGCCAGCCAAAGUUUGGACUGUUUUGCGAUGCCUAAACCAAAAGAGAAUGAUACAAAUGUCGCGAUACUGGAUCCAAUGCUCAAGGAUCAAGUAAUAGACUUGAAUGCCAGCCAAAGUUUGGACUGUUUUGCGAUGCCUAAACCAAAAGAGAAUGAUACAAAUGUCGCGAUACUGGAUCCAAUGCUCAAGGAUCAAGUAAUAAACUUGAAUGCCAGCCAAAGUUUGGACUGUUUUGCCAUGCCUAAACCAAAAGAGAAUGAUACUAGUGUCGCGAUACUGGAUCCAAUGCUAAAGAAACCCAUAGACUGGGAAAGCUCGUCUGCUCCAGAAUUGCCAUACAAUAUAAUUAAGAUUUCCGUGAUCCCUGGAAAAAGGAGCGCAGCCAGCCAAGAUUCGGCUAGCAAGAGAGUUAAACUGGUUAACGAAAAGCAGUCGAUGGAUGUAACUGAUAUCACUUCGCCGCAGCCUGAGGUUAACAUCACUCCCUCGCAGGACUUUGCCGCUGGCGAUUCGCUUCUGGAAUGCUCCCAACUUCAGCGACUGCUAGAUUCACCGAGCUUCAAAGUCCGGAGACUGCCACGAACUUAGCUUUAUAGUCAUAUUUUGAUAAAUUAAUUACGUUUAAAGAAGUAAACGUUCUAAGUCGUUCAAUGAAGAACUGUGAUUUCCAUGAGCUUACAUAUUAUUUAUUUCUUUACAUAUUA